AUGUCUUUUGAUUGGUUAAAUGUUCCUGGACUUUCAGGUAGCGAUGCUGAACAAACCAAUGCGUCGGAACCUCCACCCCCGGUAUCUUUCGAUUUUGGUCAGUUCGACGAUAUCAAAAACAAUGAAUCUACUUCUCAUCUGGAUAUGAACGCUAGUGUUGUUGAUUCUAGUUAUAAUGCCACAGGGGCUGACUACGUUGAGACAAAGGAGGACUUACAAGCGCCGCUGUCACUGACUAGGAGUCAAUUGACGAAAGAAGAGCUGAAGACAUACCUGAGGUGGUACGGGUAUAUAUCGCGGCGCAAAAUCACAAAAUUGAUUAAGUUGGAUGAUGUAUUUCAAUUCAUGAUCAAUUUUCCCAUUGCCCCGGUGGUGAAGGACAGACUCAAGCACAUUUUCAGUUCUUGCAGAAAUGCGCUGAACAUUGGGCAGUUCUUUGCCGUUGUCAGGCUGAUUUCUCACGCAACUCUGGAAAACCAAUUGCCUACAAGGCAGAUGAUCCUACGAGCAACUCCCAUCCCCAGGCCGAAACCGAUCUUGGCUGCCGGAAAUGAAGAAGUGUACGAGGAGGUGGAAGAUACACAGGCUGGACCCGAAUCGACAGUUGAUUUUGACAGUUUCGCAGCUCUACUACUCACAGGUGAAAAGAAGAAGCGAGUGAGACGUAGAAUCACUAACUUUGUCAAAAAGAUGAAAAAAGUUCGAUUCUCAGAAAACUUGGUCACUUUUCAGGAUCAACUACUUCAACCAAGCGAGGAUUUUUCUUCGGAUGAUGAGAUUUCUGACUCAAAUGCCCCGUUAGAUUUGUCGCUGCCGAUGGAUCAACUGUUAAAAAGUCUGGCUGCUAGAAAGAAAAACUCGGCUCUAGUCUCAAAACCUCCCUCUGAGCAAGUGCCCGAGAGUCAGGAAGAAAAAGAAGUUCUUGAAGAUAUGAAGGAGUCACUGAAUCACUUUCAGCAACUGCACAAUGUCGAUAGUGUAGCUCAAGGAAGUCUUGCUGGCCAGCACUUUCCGACUCAAGCGAGCAACACUACCUCACCGGAGCCGUUAAAGCCAACUGCGACCGGAUCUGCUAAUCACCUUUUCCGUUCCAAUCAACCUUCAUUUAGUCAAGAAACAUUAGCACCGCUAAAGCCAACUGCCACGGGCUCAGCCAACUACCUUUUCCGUUCUAGUCAGCCUGCGCCUCCAGCACAACAAUCCCUUCAGCCCUUGAAGCCCACCGCUACCGGAUCCGCAAAUAAUCUUUUCCGUUCCCGCCACCAAAGUGAUUCUACGCUGAAUCAAGACUCUCACGCAGCGGAUUCUGACUUUGACAGACCCAAUUCCACUUCUGUAGACUUUUCACCCGCUUCUGCAGGAAAUGGCUACGGUACUUCCCAACCACCUCAUUACCAAACAGCAUCAAAUUCUCAAAACCAUCUGCAGGUUCCAGAUCGGUACUCACAUUCAUACUCCCUUGAUGCGGGUACAAACAAACAGCAACACACCGGGCUUAACAGGUCACCCCAGAAUACAAGCCAAGAUUAUUUGACAACUAAUUAUGGAAAUCAGUAUCAAACGAUAACUUCUGGCUCACCUUCCCCGAUGCACAUAAAUCAAUCAAUGGACAUGUCUAGCUUUAACGAUGCAAUGCGUCUACAGCAAACAAGAGCUGGCAUGUUGGGUCAGAAUAGUGGUGGGCCAUUUCCUCAAGGUAACCAUGUUAAUUUUAAACCGCAACCUAGGUCAGCUUACAUGCAUGCUAAUCAUACCGGUCCUUCCUCAACUUAUCCCAGCGAUAAAAAUCACUUUUUUCAACCAAGAGAGACACAUAGCUUCACUCCAUCCCCCGUUCCACAAAUGCCAUACUAUACCCCGGCACAAGUGCAAGGUGGGUUUCAAUCAAAAGAUAUUUUGGGAGAUCUCCAUGCAUUACAGGCGCAUGUUGAUCAGCUGCAGAAUAUUUAUAAGAGAUGA